UUAAACAUGCACAACACCACUUUCUUAACAUUUUGAGACUUAAUAAAUAUAAUUGAAGGAAUUGGAUCUUUUUCCGACUUGAAUUCACCGCCAUUUGUGAACGAUAAUUGCAAAGCUUUAAUAUUGACGAAUCACACGAUUAAGCAGGCAAGGAGGCAGGCCACCGGUUGUGCAUUGCGUCUGGGCAUGCAUAGAUAGGUAUACUGCACAUACUGCACAUACCUACCUACUGCAUAACCUUUUAAGACCCAUCUGAUUCAAUUUCAACGUCUUGUACCCCUCAUUCCAAGUUUCUUCAGACUUUUUCGCCGUUUUUCAUCUUCAUUCCCUUUCUCUAUAAAACCAGGCGAUAUUCCAAAUACCGGAAGACGAGAUUGGAGGUGGAAUUCAGGAAGGUUACGAAAGUAAUCUUGGUUACAUUCAUAGCACAAUGACGAGAGUUUUUGUUUAUAGCAUCGGUCUCGCAGCUUUUGUCGCUGGUACGUCAUUUUCUAUAUCAACUAUCUCUUUUGGAGUCUUGUUCUUGAGCUUCACCCAUAUUCAUAACGAGAAUAGUCUGGGAUAAAAGCUGAUCACUUCAUAUAUAUAGCGACGACAUUGACCUUCGUAUCAAUCUUCAUACCCGAUUGGAUUACGUGGGACAUGACGACGCCGAACGGAAAUCAUAUAACGAAAACCAUAGGACUCCAUCGCAGCUAUAGUUCGCUGACAGGCCACUCUUCUCAUUUCCCUACAUCCGAAGAUUGUGCGGGGCCAGAUCGGAGAUUCUGUUCCAUGUGGCGAUCGGUGGGAUUUCUCAUGUCUUUGGCAGCCGUGGUAGAAUUGGUUACGUUGGUUGCAUAUGUGGUUGUGCUACUUGGUGGCAAACAGAAGAGAGAAACGGGUUGGAAGAUACUAGUUUUCAUGCUGGUGCUAGUCGGUGUAGUUCAGGCGGCUAGCAUGAGUAUUGUGGUAUGUUGUGAUUACUCUGGGAUGAAUGAGUCGAGGAGCGAGAGGCGACAUGAUACUGACAAUUGAUAGGCAUAUCUUUAUGACCAUGAUGAGCAAUUCUUUCCGGGCUGGAGACUGGAUAAGGGAUGGAUCUUCUGCACUGUUAGUUGGUGUAUCUCGAUUGUGUCGGCUGGAUGUAUUGCGAUCUCUGCAUUUGCGUUCUCUCCUGAAUAUGGCUACGAACUUAUACCAAGUGAGCGUUACGGAAGAAUUCCCGGCUGAUUUUUUUCGGUCGACACACACGAAGUCAUAACAAAUUAAUAUGGUCACAACGAUUCGGUUUUACUCCUCCGCGGUAUCUAUAUUUCUGGUAACACAUUGAUUGUUCUGCAUUUGGAGCAUUUUUGGGGCGGCUGUAUGAAUCUACGCGUAUACGACUGAUGGGCUGUUUUGAAUUUAAUUAAAUUGAAUUAAUGAUUAGAGCUUAGGAGUUAGGCUAAUGAAAGCAUGCUUCUCAUCUUGACUAUACU